GUUUCCAAUUCGGAUUUCCAAAAGUCCAAUGCCAUAUAGAAUCUCUGUCACUAAUAUAAAUUUAAAAGUAAAAAGAAAAACGCAGCAUUUUUUUCCAGUUAAUCCCGUCUGAUUGGUAUCGCAUUGUUCUUCUUCUACUGCCGACUUUCCGUUAAUCUUUUAAAAUGGGAAAGAAAAAGUCCGAUGAUACCGGAAAAGGGAAAGAGAAGUUUUCUGUUUCAGCGAUGCUUGCUAGCAUGGAUCAAAAGCCAGAAAAACCGAAAAAGGCAUCCGUUUCGAGUAAACCUAAGUCAAAAGCACCUAAAGCUUCAUCUUACACUGAUGAUAUAGAUCUUCCUCCAUCAGAUGAUGAAGAUGAAUACUCAGAAGAAGAUGAUGUUCAGAAGGAAGGCUCUUUGCAACAGAAGGCAGAAUCCAAGUCGAUUGACACUUCUAUAACCGAUAAAGAGUUGAAGAAACGAGAGAAGAAAGACAUGAUGGCGGCUCAAGCUGCUGAGCUGGCAAAAAGAGAGGCUUUGAGGGAUGAUCGUGAUGCGUUCACUGUUGUCAUUGGAAGUAAGGCUUCUGUCCUUGAAGGGGGAGAUGAUGCUGAUGCUAACGUCAAAGAUAUUACGGUUGAGAACUUUUCGGUUUCAGCGAGGGGAAAAGAACUCUUGAAAAACGCAUCGAUAAAAAUUUCCCAUGGAAAAAGGUAUGGUUUGGUGGGACCGAACGGGAUGGGGAAAUCUACCCUUUUGAAGCUUUUAGCAUGGAGAAAAGUUCCAGUGCCUAAGAAUAUUGAUGUGUUACUUGUUGAACAAGAAAUAGUUGGUGAUGAUAGAUCAGCACUUGAAGCAGUUGUUUCAGCUAAUGAAGAAUUGGUUAGACUCAGAAAAGAAGCUGCAUCUUUGCAGAAUAAUGGUGAUGAUGGUGAUGAUGAUGAUGAUGCAGGAGAGAGACUUGCUGAACUUUAUGAUCAGCUUAAUUUAUUGGAUGCAGAUGCUGCUGAAGCUCAAGCAUCUAAAAUUUUAGCUGGUUUAGGGUUUACAAAGGAUAUGCAAGAACGUCCGACUAAGUCAUUUAGUGGAGGUUGGAGAAUGAGAAUUUCACUAGCAAGGGCACUAUUUAUGCAACCGACUCUUUUGUUGCUCGAUGAACCCACCAAUCAUCUUGACCUAAGAGCUGUUCUUUGGUUAGAAGAGUAUUUAUGCCGGUGGAAGAAAACUCUCAUUGUUGUUUCCCAUGACCGUGACUUCCUCAACACUGUGUGUAAUGAGAUUAUACAUCUUCAUGAUAUGAAGCUUCAUCUAUACAGGGGAAACUUUGAUGAUUUCGAGAGUGGUUAUGAACAGCGUAGAAAAGAGAUAAAUAAAAAGUACGAAGUCUAUGAAAAGCAAAUGAAGGCCGCGAAAAGGUCAGGAAACCAAGCGCAGCAACAAAAGGUGAAGGAGAAAGCGAAAUUUGCAGCAACAAAAGAAGCAUCUAAGAAAAGAUCGAAAGGAAAGGUGGUGGAUGAAGAUGAAGCGGUGCAAGAAGCCCCGAGUAAAUGGAGGGAUUACACCGUGGAGUUUCACUUCCCGGAACCCACCGAGCUCACUCCUCCACUCCUUCAGCUAAUGGAAGUCAGUUUUUGCUACCCGAACCGACCCGAUUUCAGGCUUUCGGAUGUCGAUGUGGGUAUUGAUAUGGGUACCCGUGUUGCUAUUGUGGGGCCCAAUGGUGCUGGAAAAUCAACCCUGCUUAAUCUUUUAGCAGGUGAUUUAAGCCCAACUGAGGGUGAAUCAAGGAGGAGUCAGAAGCUUAGAAUAGGUAGGUAUUCACAGCACUUUGUUGAUCUUUUAACAAUGGAUGAAAACCCAGUUCAAUAUCUCCUCCGUUUACACCCCGAGCAAGAAGGGAUGAGUAAACAAGAAGCUGUUCGGGCCAAGCUCGGGAAAUUCGGGCUUCCUAGUCAUAACCACCUUACCCCAAUUGCUAAAUUAUCAGGUGGUCAAAAAGCUAGGGUGGUUUUUACUUCCAUAUCAAUGUCAAAACCCCAUAUACUGUUGUUAGAUGAACCCACAAAUCAUUUAGAUAUGCAGAGUAUUGAUGCACUUGCAGACGCGUUGGAUGAGUUUUCCGGGGGUGUUGUGUUGGUUAGUCACGAUUCUCGACUGAUUUCACGGGUUUGUGAAGAUGAAGAGAAGAGUCAGAUCUGGAUUGUUGAUAAUGGAGAAGUGAGAACGUUUCCUGGAACUUUUGAGGAGUAUAAGGAAGACUUACAGAAGGAGAUUAGGGCUGAAGUUGAUGACUGAAGAAGGAAACCCUUGCUGUACACUGUACUGUUAUAUACUUCUGUUAUAAGCUCCUGUUUUUGGUCUAUGAAUUUUGCUGUUCUGUUUUCGAUCUUUCUAUUUUCUAUUUCUUUACUGAUUUUUCUACUGGAGUUGCAAUUUUUUGAACAAGUAUGGUGUAAGACUCACAAAGUUAUUAUUACUGUAUUAUCAAUUCAA